AUGGUACUUGACUCAGGAGUCAUGGAAUGGAGCAGAGGUUGCAAAUUGGCUUACUGUUCCCAGCCUCCUUGGCUUAUGAAUGCAACUGUGCAGGAGAAUAUUUUAUUUGGACAAAGUUACAAUUGGAGGAAAUAUAAGAAAGUCCUACAUGCUGUUGGGUUAAAUUUUGAUUUGACGAUGUGGCCUGCCCGUGAUCGGACAGAAGUUGGUGAACAGGGCAAUCUGCUUACUGAGGGUCAGCGACAACGAAUCAGUCUUGCCAGAGCGCUCUACUCAUCAGCCAACACCAUUAUCAUGGAUGACCCUUUUGCUACAAUAGAACCACAUCUUGCCCGCAGUGUCUUUGACGAUGCUGUCGUCCGAAAAAUGAUAAAACGUAAGCGGACGGCGAUCUUAGUCACUUCCCAGGUGCAUCACAUUAACAGUGCCAGUCAGAUUAUUGUUGUAAAUCGACACCAGAUUCAGUGCCAGGGAAAACUAAGUGACAUUAAACGACAAGCCCCUGAUUUAUACGAAAGUUGGAGAAGGAUCCUUAGGGAGAGCAAGAAAAACGUUGUCCCUGAAAGGUACAUCGCUUUCUUACAGCAUGGCCUUUUACACUUUUCUAUCUCAGCCUGUCAGUUAUCUAUCUAUCUAAUGUUCAUUGUCUAUCUAUCUAUCUAUCUAUCUAUCUAUCUAUCUAUCUUAUGUUCAUUGUCUGUGUAUCUAUCUAUGUAUCUCUUUUCAUUAUCUAUUUAUCCAUCUAUCUAUCUAUCUAUUUUAGUUUGUUCAUUAUUUAUCUAUCUCUGCCUGUCAGUUAUCUAUCUAUCUAUCUAUCUAUCUAUCUUCUAUCUUCAUUGCCUGUCUAUCUAUCUAUCCAUGUUUAUUGUCUGUGUAUCUAUCUAUGUAUCUCUGUUCAUUAUCUAUCUCAGUACGUUAUCUUUACUGCCAAGGAAUUAG